AUGUUGCUAAAGAUUGUGGCUGCUCUGUUAGCUCUUAAUAUUGUCAACUGUAACCCGGAUAACGAAACAAGAUGUAAGCAUUUCUGUUUUUCUCGUUGCCACUCGGAAGUUAAGAUUUCACGCUCCUUCAUCCUCACUAUAAGUUCCCGGAUUCCCCAGGAACAAUUCCAAAAAGUCCCACCGAACACAUCUAAAAGACGAUUCGGAACUCAAGCAUACCUUGAACUGGGAAUAAUAUUCCGAAAGAACAAUUUCAGUCCAAAAUCAACCUUUAUACAUCGAAGCGCCUCCAAUAUACUUAAAAAACAAUAGAGUUUAUUUCAGUAUGCCCAGACUUUGAUUCCUUCGACCGACCAAUCCGGAUCACCUCGGAGACCUGCAAGGAUAUGUCGUCGUAUGGUUUCGCCCUCCCUCCGGUCUUUAACAUCUAUAAAUCUCCACAAAUUGACUUUACUUUUGAAGUUGUAAGCUGACUUUAGUUGUCUUAUGAGACAAAUUUUUACCUUCUGUUUUCUUAUUAUACGUUAGUUGUAAAUCUCAUGAUGUAUAAUAUCCUUCAACAUUUACAGGGUAAAAUCAACGAUUCUUCAACCAACGACACUUGUUUACUCGAGUAAGUUCGGUAUUUCUCACCAGAUUCGAAUGAGAGCGGAAGCCUUGCUUCCACGGCGCUUAGCGCGUUCGGUUGUUAACCAAAAUGCUUCGGGUCUAGCCGAGAGCGAGUAGUGGCUUUUUGGUGAUAAAAGCGGUGCAUUUAGGGUGAUGUUUCUUGCAUUUCAUUUCUAGGAGAACAAUUGACCCGAGUCAAGUCAUAUCUUUUGGUGGAAAAGAAACGAGAAAAAACGCUCUCUCGUUAAAAAAGGAACCCGUUUCUUUUCCGAAAAAGAAAAUAAAGGAGUGCUGGAAGAAAGCAAGGUAUUUCGGAAAACUUUUCCCAGUUCAAGGUACGCUUGAGAUCCGAAUCAUCUUUUUGAUGUGUUCGAUGGGACUUUUUGGAACUGUUCCUGGGGAUUCCGGGGACUUAUAUUGAGCAUAGCGAAAGCAGUCUUCGUUCAGCUUCUCCUUGACCAUCAACACAUGCACCGUCUACGUUACCCAGUUCAAAAGAGGCAUUCCUUUUUAUAUCGAUCAUAAGUUCCUCAAAGCGAAACGAGAAUAUGAUCAAUUGCAAUUGGUAGCCUAUGAUCACGGCGAAUCGGAAAUUCUCUUGAACUCAACUGGAUGUACCGAUGACUGGAACACUCAGAAAUAUUUUUCAUUUAUUUUAGAGUCAAAUGUCACAAAAAAUGAAUCGAAUUGCAUUUUUACUACGGUAAAUUUUUUUAUUGAGAAAAUUGAUUUUACGUCGUAUUUCAGAUCGCCGAGGAAUUUGCCUUGCUCUAUGACAAGAAACAGCACCAUAAACCAGUAGAAGUCAAGCCAGAUGGAAGCUUGAAAUCGUUGAUCAAGAUGGUCGAAUGCAAAGAAUAUUGUUUCUUGAUCCUGAUGGGGCACUUGAUCUUCUUGUAAGCCCAAUUUUGGAUCAAUUUUGUGUUGUUUUUAGGAUCCUUUCUUUUGGAAUUUUCUUCUACACCCUUUCCAAGGUUCUUCGAAGGAAAGUAAGUCAUCCUGUUUUAUAUGUCGGCCAUUAACAGCAGGCCUCACGAAGGGGGAAUCUUUGAGACGAGACACUCUAGAAAACAGGAGAGUCUGUCGCAAAGAAAAUUCUAUGCUUAUUUUUUAUUGAAAUUUUAUUUUCAGCGUGACUCUCCAAGUUCAGAUUAUCCGGAUAAAGAAAAGAAACAGUCGAAGAAGGAAGGAAAUAAAAAGAAAAGAAAGGAGUCACAGAAAGAAUCGAUGAGACAAAGCAAAGAGAGCCAGAAGACUGCCAAGAAGGAGUCCAAGAAACAAAGCGCCAGACAAAGCAAGAAGAGCCCCAAGCGAUCAACGGCUCCAACUCAAACCAAUAAUCUGACGGCGAGUCCGGUUAGCAGCAGCACUGUUUUGGAAUCGCGAUUCUGA